AUGCAGCAGUCCAAAGAGAAGAGUGAAAGUAAAAUCUACGAUGUGAUAGACGUAGAGGAAGGCCAUUUAGGCAUUUCUCAUGAAAUUCGGGGUGAUCAGCCGGUUCGUCUUGAGAAGAAAUUCAAUCUUCUUAGUGCCAUUGCAUCUGGUAUUAGUACCGGGAAUACUUGGACCGCGCUUGGUGGUGCUAUUGUAGCUUCGCUGAACAAUGGUGGACCGCCGGGAAUCAUGUAUGAAUUUAUCGCUGUCAGCGUUUUCUACUGGGCGAUUGGUGCAUCAAUCGCCGAAUUAGCUUCAUCUGUACCUGCAUCUGGAGGGGUUUACCAUUGGGCAGCUAUGACACCGGGGAAAAAAUGGGGGCCUAUCUGUGGAUGGUUUGCAGGUUGGUUCGACUUUUUAGCAUGGAAUUUUGGUAUUGCAUCGAAUGCUAACAUGGUUGCUAGCAUGAUCGUUUAUUCUUACGGUUUGUUUCACCCCGAUACCGAACUUCAAAGAUGGCACGUUUAUAUCUGCUUUUUAAUCCUUACUUGGUUAUGCUGUUUUGUGGUUAUGUUUGCAGAUUGGGCACUACCGACCAUCAAUAGAAUUGGAUCAUUUUUAAUUCUUGGCGGAUGGUUUGUUACAGUUGUAGUUUGUGCCGUUAUGCCAUCAACUACAGGUAAGGGCCAUGCAUCUAAUGAUUUUGUAUGGAGCAAAUGGCAGAACAAUACUGGGUAUAGUAGUGAUGGAUUUGCUUUCCUUUUAGGUAUGUUAAAUGGUGCAUUUUCGGUGGGUACGCCAGAUUGUAUAACCCAUUUAGCUGAGGAAAUUCCUGAUGCCGGUAGAAACUUACCCAAAGUUUUAUUUUGGCAAAUUUUGGUUGGAUUCAUUACUGCGAUUACUUAUAUGAUUGCCAUGUUCUAUGCUAUUAACAAUUUACCAAUAAUUUUCAGUUCAAAUACUUUCAGUCCAUUGGGGGAGAUCUAUUUACAGGCAACUAAUUCACGGGGUGGUGCUAUUGGACUUUUACUCAUAAUCUAUUUACCUAUCAUCUGUGCAAUUGUUGGAUGCUACAUCACUGCUGGUAGAACUCUUUACGUGUUGGCUCGGGAUAAUGCCACACCUUUUUCCAAAUAUUUGGGCGCAAUUCAUCCUCGAUACAAGAGUCCAUUCUGGGCCACUUUUGCAUGUGGAGUACUUUGUACAUGUCUAGGUGCAAUUUACGUUGGCUCUGCCACCGCCUUUAAUGCUUUUGUUGGAUCUUUUGUUCUUUUGACUACGGCUGCUUUCUUCUUAGCGAUGCUACCUAAUCUUUUGACUAAGAGGAGUAAGCUUCCUUUGGGUUCAUUCAAUAUGGGCAAAUUUGGUUAUGCGGUCAAUAUUAUUUCGUGCCUUUACAUCUUGGUUUUCUUUGUCAUUUACUGUUUCCCCUACAGUUUACCUGCGACAGCCGAGAACAUGAAUUAUACAAGCGUCAUGGUUUCUGGACUCACAUUAAUGGUUGCAAUUUGGUGGAUGGUUCACGGUAGGAAAAAUUAUAAAGGUCCCACUUUCGACAUGGUUGAAAAGGACAAUUGUAGUGUACUUACAGAUGACUAUUUGGUAGCUUCAAGCACUGGUAGGAGUUAG